AUAAUUCACCAUUGCUUUUUGUAUAGCAAGAGCGAAGUACAGACCACACAUCAUGGCCAACAUGCUGUAUGUGAAAAGUGUCGAUCUUCAUGCUGCAAAGAACAAGCUUAACCAUCGCACCAAUGCCUAUAUCUCCAAAGAGCUCAUUGUGAGAAGAGGACAAGACUUUCAGAUGACUCUCUCUUUCAACAGAGCCCUGAAAACUGCUGACAAAGUUACCUUUGAAGUUAAAACAGGGAAAUCACCUAAGGCUGCCAAUGGAACAAAGGCCACAUUCUCUCUAACUACAAAAAGAGUCUCUAAAGGGAAAUGGAGGGCAGUUUCCGACUCUAAAACCUCAAACACUCUGAUUGUAAGGAUCACACCUCCUGUUACGGCUAUCAUUGGAUCUUAUCAGAUGAAUGUCCGCUUUUUCUCUGGAGGAUACUCAACCCAUGAGCUGCCAGGAUUUAUUCUACUCUUCAACCCAUGGGCCGAAGAUGAUGAUGUUUAUUUGGCUGAUGAAUCAGAGCGAAAUGAAUACAUACUAAGUGACAACACUAUCUCAUACUACGGGAAUUUUAAUUCCAUUUAUCAACGGGGUUGGAACUUGGGACAGUUUGAGGAAGACAUUUUGUCAAUCUGUUUGCUGAUUCUGGAAAAACAAAAGAUGGUAGAUAUAUCACUUUUUGGUGAUCCAAAAGAAGUCUCAAGAGUGUGCAGUGCAAUGGUUAACACUAAUGAUGACAAUGGCGUGCUUUGGGGCAAGUGGGGUAAGAAAUACGAUGAUGGUCGCAGUCCUACAAGCUGGUCAGGAAGUGUGGCCAUACUGAAACAGUGGGCAAAAUCUGGUCCAGUUAAAUAUGGACAGUGCUGGGUCUUUGCUGGAGUACUAUGCACAGUAAUGAGAUGCCUGGGAAUUCCAAGUCGCAUUGUCACCAAUUUUUACUCUGCUCAUGACACCAAUGAAGAUCUCAAAAUUGAACUUAAAUAUGAUUCAGAUGGGAACCAUUUGGGAGGAAUAGACUCUAUUUGGAACUAUCAUGUAUGGAAUGAGGCUUGGUUCACCAGACCUGAUAUAGGAUCAUAUUAUAAUGGAUGGCAAGCUCUGGAUGCUACCCCACAAGAGCAAAGCUUUGGGAUUUAUCGGCUUGGACCGACAUCGGUGAAGGCAAUAAAGGCUGGAGAUGUUCACCUAAAGUAUGACGGUCCUUUUGUAUUCGCUGAGGUAAAUGGAGAUGAGAUCUCCUGGAUCUACAACAAGGUAAAAGAUAAAUAUGAAUUAAUCGACAAUGAGACCGACACUGGCGCCAUUGGAAAAUUUGUCAGCACAAAGGCUGUUGGCUCUGGAAAUCGCAUUGAUAUUACUUCCAGCUACAAAUAUGCAGAAGGCACUGCUGCUGAAAGACAAGCAUACAACAAUGCCCUCGUCAAAUUAUUUGGAAGACAAAACACAUCAAGCAGAGAAGAAGAGAUAAGCGGAUCAACUGAAGAAUCAAACGAGGUUGUCUGGAUGAGCAGAAUUAGACCAGUCUACACACACGACAUAACUGGAAAGUUCAAAGAAUUUGAAACCCCAGAGCUUGGCCAAGAUAUUGAUCUCACAUUGAUACUGUCCAGUGGAGCGUCAUCUGACAAAAAAAUAACAGUUAAUCUUAAUGCCAACAUCACUGGAUACACCCGACGUGUAAUGACAAAGUUGUUGAUGGAAACUGCGUCCGUUUCAUUGUCUUCCAACGGAGCAAAAGAAAUUCCAUUCAAAAUCCCUUUCAGCAAAUAUAUACAAAGUCUCCAGGAUGAUAAGGUGGUAGAGGUGACAGCUCUGUGUAAGUGGGAUGAGAAAAAGGAACUGCUUGUAUCCCAAGUUAUUACAUUAAAGAACCCACCCCUGAACAUUAAGGUUCUCGGAGAUGCUGUUAUAAAUAAUCCACUAUCUGCUGAAGUCACAUUCACUAACCCACUUAAUGAGAAUCUAACAGAUUGUGAAAUUUUUGCAGAGGGCAGUGGGCUCAUUAAAGAUCAGAUUCAAAAGAAAAUUUCACUGAAGCCCAAAGAGAAGAAAACUGUGACCAUUGAAUUUAAGCCCUACACGACUGGCUCCAAACAAUUAAACAUUGUGGUUGAUUGCAAAAACGCUAUCACAAUGGAGGAUUUCCUGAUCAUUGUGGUAAAAGAAUCUUAAAUUCCUGGCUUAAAUUACAAAAUAUACCAUAUGACAACCUCAAAAAUGUUACUUCUGGUAUUUUAUCAUUCUACUCAGUUUAAAGUUUAAUCCUACUCCUCCCAUGAACACUGCCAAUUAAAGUAGAAGUCUACUCUAGAACUAAAAUCCCUACAUUUAUAGACACCCACAAUCUAACAGUAAACUCACUAACCCUGUAAAGAAGAAAUAAAUAUACAUACCUUUUUUGAAGCCGCUCUGACCCGAUCUUGCGCUGAGCUGUCAGCCGCUGAUUUGCUGUGUAGGCGGGUGCAGAGGACACAUCCAACACAUCCAACAACGGCAGCCCCAUAUUAACUCUAUGGGUGACGUCACUCCCCAUUCAUUUUACAGCUGUUGUUGGCUGUGUCCUCUGCAGACCUUAGACAGGUUAGUGUUAGAUCGUAGAUGUCGAUAGAUAUCGGGAAUUUAGUUUUAGGGUGGACUUCUACUUUACUAUUACUAUUUUAGUGCUUAAGGUAUAACUGAAGGCAAACACUUUCAGAGGGAUUAGAACACCUGUCAGGUGUCUGUAUCCCAAUUAGUCCCUUUCACACUUAUACGACUUGUCCCACGAUUU